CGCGCAGUAUAUGACAGUACGUCAGCAGCGGGAUGGCCGUAGCUGUGGCGGCGGCUGCAGAAGCCCGAGCAGCCGCGGCCGCAGUGGAGGCUAGAGCCCGACUGGCGUCGGCGGCGGCACCCCGGGGAGUUUAAGAUGGCGGCAGGGGGGGCGGCGGGCCUGCGGGAGGAGCAGCGCUAUGGGCUGUCGUGCGGGAGGCUGGGACAGGACAACACCACCGUACUGCAUGUGAAGCUCACCGAGACGGCGAUCCGCGCGCUCGAGACCUACCAGAGCCACAAGAAUUUAAUUCCUUUUCGACCUUCAAUUCAGUUCCAAGGGCUCCAAGGGCUUGUCAAAAUCCCUAAAAAUGAUCCCCCCAACGAAGUGCAUACCUUUAACUUCUAUUUGUCAAAUGUGGGUAAAGACAACCCUCAAGGCAGCUUUGACUGCAUCCAGCAAGCCUUCUCCAGCUCUGGAGCAUCCCAGCUCAAUUGCCUGGGAUUUAUACAAGAUAAAAUUACAGUGUGUGCAACAAAUGACUCGUAUCAGAUGACACGAGAAAGAAUGACCCAGGCAGAGGAGGAAUCCCGCAACCGAAGCACAAAAGUUAUCAAACCUGGUGGACCAUAUGUAGGGAAAAGAGUGCAAAUUCGGAAAGCACCUCAAGCUGUUUCAGAUGCAGUGCCUGAGAGGAAAAGAUCAACCCCCAUGAACCCUGCAAAUACCAUUCGAAAGAUACAUAGCAGCAGCAGUGUUUCUCAGCGGCCAUAUCGGGACAGGGUGAUUCACUUACUGGCACUGAAGGCCUACAAGAAACCUGAGCUGCUAGCUCGACUGCAGAAAGACGGUGUCAAUCAGAAAGACAAGAACUCCCUCGGAGCAAUUCUGCAACAGGUAGCCAAUCUGAAUCCUAAGGACCUCUCAUACACCUUAAAGGAUUAUGUUUUUAAAGAGCUCCAAAGAGAUUGGCCUGGAUAUAAUGAAAUAGACAGACGGUCAUUAGAGUCAGUGCUCUCGAGAAAACUAAAUCCAUCUCAGAAUGCUGCCAGCACCAGCCGUUCAGAAUCUCCUGUAUGUUCUAGUAGAGAUGCUGCAUCUUCUCCUCAGAAACGGCUUUUAGAUUCAGAUUUCAUUGAUCCUUUAAUGAAUAAAAAAGCUCGAAUAUCUCACCUGACAAAUAGAGUGCCGCCAACAUUAAAUGGUCAUUUGAAUCCCACCAGUGAAAAAUCUGCUGCAGGCCCCCCGCUGCCCCCUGCAGCCGCUGCCAUCCCCACGCCUCCACCGCUGCCUUCAACCCACCUGCCUGUCUCCAAUCCUCCUCAGACUGUAAAUUCUCACUCCAAUUCCCCUAGCACUCCAGAAGGCCGGGGGACUCAAGACCUACCUGUUGACAGUUUUAGUCAAAACGGUAGUAUCUAUGAGGACCAGCAAGACAAAUAUACCUCUAGGACUUCUCUGGAAACCUUACCACCUGGUUCAGUUCUACUAAAAUGUCCAAAGCCUAUAGAAGAAAACCAUUUGUCUCACAAAAAGUCCAAGAAGAAGUCUAAAAGACACAAGGAAAAGGACCAAAUAAAAAAGCACGACAUUGAGAUGAUUGAGGAAAAGGAAGAGGACCUUAAAAGAGAAGAGGAAAUUGCCAAGCUGAACAACUCCAGUCUGGAUUCCAAUGAAGGAGUUAAAGAGGAUUGCACUGCCUCCACGGAAGCUUCUUCAACAAUUGAACUCCCAGAUUAUUUGAUAAAAUAUAUUGCUAUUGUCUCCUAUGAGCAACGCCAGAAUUACAAGGAUGACUUCAAUGCUGAGUAUGAUGAGUAUAGGGCCUUGCAUGCCAGGAUGGAGACUGUGGCUAGAAGAUUUAUCAAACUGGAUGCACAGCGAAAGCGCCUUUCUCCAGGCUCAAAAGAGUAUCAGAAUGUUCAUGAAGAAGUCUUACAAGAAUAUCAGAAGAUAAAACAGUCUAGUCCCAAUUACCAUGAAGAAAAAUACAGAUGCGAGUAUCUUCAUAACAAGCUGGCUCACAUCAAAAGACUAAUAGGUGAAUUUGACCAACAGCAGGCAGAGUCAUGGCACUAGAGCUCUGCUUGGACCAGAAGAUGUGAAUAAACUUAAGCUUAUUUAUUUAAAAUUCCAAAUGAGUUGCUCUCAAAUUCUAAAAAAUGAAACUUUGCCUGUUGGAAGUUUCAGUAUUAGUAAACUUGAGUUACCUUCCCCCCCAACCCCCAUUUUACUUUGUUUCCUUGCAUUUUUGAAGCUGCUUUUUUCUGGUCCUUUUUUCCUUCUUAAGACUUGUGUUUGUCAAUAGAAAUAAUUUUUUUGGUAGAUAUUGGGGAUCCAGUGUCUGUACUUCAAAUCAAUUUUUUUUCCUUAAAAAACUGUGUUUGUCAUUAGAAAUGAUUUUUUUUAGAUAUUGGGGAUCUAGUGUCCACACUUCAAAGUUAUGUGUGUUUAAAAAAAAAAAACAGUAAUGUACAAGGUGAAAUGCUUUUGGAUAAAUAUAAGCCUAUUUUCUGACCUUUCUUAAUACGAACUCUUUGCCUUAAAUGGUAGAACAUUUAGAAAUUUGCACAAAAUACAAAAAAACUUAAAACAUUGUUUUGGAGGGUUAAGAAAUAGAAGGGUGUGUGAGUAUGUGUAUAGAUCUAUAUACACAUGUGUAUAUAUAGUCUGACUUGAUCUAGAACAGUAAAUCUGCCCUGCAAAUUAACCCCCAUUGCAAUGGUUGCCUUAAGGUGUUUGCUAGUUGUGUACCUAGUGUGGUUAAUCAUUAGCUACACUGCUUCCCACUUGAUUAGAGCAAUGGGAAGCACACUGUGGCCUACCAGCGUCUGAAAGCGUGUGCUCGACCUGUAUGUGUGCAGAGGUGGUGUGGAUGUGAGCGUGCAUGAAGGAAAAAAGCUGCUACUCUCAGUAGGCCAAACGCUCAGGUGAAACAACUGAUGAGUGUUACUGUAGGUUUUUUUUUCCUAUCAAAUUGCUACUUCUAUCGUGGAAGACAAAAGCAUUUCCAUUUCAACAGUUUGUCAACUUUAUUAAUGUUGGGCAAAAUUGAUAUGUUAUGAAAAUGAAACAGAUCUAUAGUUUGGGGCAAAAUUAUAAAAUUAAACGUGUAGGUAGCCUAUUUAUAUACUGCUAUAAAGUAUUUUUGAAGAGAGAUAUGCAAAGAAGCUAUUACCUACAUGAAAUGUAUAUUUAAAGAUUUUUUUUUUCAUCCUGGCUGCCAGGAAUAUAAAAAAGAGUGGAUAUAUUUAACCAUAACAUACUGUGAUUCAUCAAACAGCACAAACUUUCAUUUCAUGGAGUUUAUCUGUUGACGUUGAUUUAAACUAUCAUUUGUUUUAUCAUGUGGGAACAUAAGUUAUGUGGUC